AUUUAUAUAUAUGAUUGGCAUAAAACCAAUAGAGUUUAAUACACCUUACAUAAACCUUUUCCUUGUUACCUCAGCAACCACCAAAAAACAGAGCACGGUUAAUAACGCCAAAAAACAGAGCAUCAAAGCAAGUACAGCAACCCCUGCAACUAAUUACUCCAAACCACAUCUCCAACUUAGCUUCCCUUCUUGCCAAAAGACAGCUCUUUCAUCAGCAACAUCCUAUCACUAAACUUAUUUAAAUGUUUAUGUUUUUAUCUAUAACUUCAAAUUAAAAUUCUAUUAUUUCUUGGCUUCGGCUUUGGGAUUACAUAUAAUACAAUUUUGUGUACAGUGAAACAAAUCUAAAUACAGAAAACAUAGAUCUGUCUUAGUGGGUAUACAAUUUUUCAAUCAAGCUCACAUUUUUCUAAUGGGAGCGCUUUUCAAAUCUUGUUAUUUUGGUAUAAAGAGAUAAUUUUCCAUUUGGGUUUCGUAAGUUUGGAUUCAUUUGAGUGACCAUUUAUUCACGGAAGCGAAAGGACAAAACUUUUCCUAAUUCUGGGUUCUACCGACAAGAGCUGACUUCGUCAAUCCUGAGUUGAAGUUUCUCAAGCAUGGUUCCGGCAAGGAACGGGUCAGCGAUACCAGUUCUUGGGUUCUUGAUAUGUGCAGCUUUCAUCUACCUCUCAUUCAGGGACUUGUGGCUGAAUCACAAAUGGAGAACCGAGAUAGGGUUUGUGAAACGGAACGGAACUCAGUUCGUGGUGGACGGUAAGGCUCUGUAUGUGAAUGGGUGGAACUCGUAUUGGUUCAUGGACCAUGCUGUGAAUGAACACAGUAGAUACCUUGUGAGUGAAAUGCUCGAAACUGGAGCCAAAAUGGGUCUCACUGUUUGUCGAACUUGGGCCUUUAAUGACGGUGGCUACAACGCUCUCCAGAUCUCUCCUGGCCGGUUCGAUGAGCGAGUCUUCAAGGCCUUGGAUCAUGUGAUUGCAGAGGCGAAGAAGCAUGAUGUUAGGUUGCUUCUUUGCUUAGUGAACAACUUGCAGGCGUACGGAGGGAAGUCACAGUAUGUGCAAUGGGCAUGGCAAGAAGGUGUUGGUCUCAGCUCCUCUAAUGAUUCCUUCUUCUUUGACCCAUCUAUACGCAAAUACUUCAAGAACUAUCUCACGGCUCUGCUCACUCGCAAGAACUCAGUAACUGGAAUAGAGUACAGAAACGACCCAACGAUUUUCGCUUGGGAGUUGAUAAACGAGCCUAGAUGCACCUCUGAUGUCUCUGGCGACACUCUCCAAGACUGGAUAGACGAAAUGACAGGCUUCAUAAAAUCAAUUGAUGACAAGCAUCUCCUCACUGUUGGCCUUGAAGGCUUCUACGGUCCCAAUAGCCCGAAACGGCUGACAGUUCAUCCAGAAAUGUGGCCCUCUGAGCUUGGAACAGACUUUGUUCGAAACUCAAACUCCUCAAACAUAGACUUCGCGUCCGUUCAUAUCUACCCUGAUCACUGGUUUCAUAACCAGACCUUUGAAGAUAAGCUAAAGUUCGUGGUGAAAUGGAUGCAAUCUCACAUCGAAGACGGGAUGAAAGAGCUCAAGAAGCCAGUCCUGUUCACGGAGUUUGGGCUCUCGAACCUGAACAAAGACUACGAGCCAUCCCAGAGAGAACGUUUCUACAGAACAAUCUUCGAUGUGGUAUACAAAUCAGCAAAGAGAAGGAAGGCAGGGGCAGGGACGCUGGUGUGGCAGCUGUUCAUGGAAGGCAUGGAAGGUUUCAACGACGAGUUUGGGAUUGUUCCACACGAACAAGACCCCAUGUAUAGGUUAAUGGUCGAGCAAUCUUGCAGGUUGGGUAAAGUCACAGGACGUCGUGAGGAGCACAAGUUGAGAAAACUCUGUUCCCACAAACAUUGAGAGAAUCAUAUGUACACUGAGUUGUUUUUGUAUACAGUGAGAUCUGAUUCUAAUUUUGAUCCAACUCUCAUAAUAAAAAUUUACUUAGUUCGAGUU